AUGGGCAAUGGAGAGAAGAGGAAGCAGACGUCUGUUCCUGCAUCUUUCACUGGGUACUACCCAUCACCAAAGGGCACCGUUUCAACCUUCCUGCGCGUAGCUGCGUGUAGCCGCCCCGAAGUCGCGUCUUGGACGUCGUCGAGCGUGUGA